CUCAGCAGCACGAAGCACGGACAAAUCGCCUUUGCUGCUGACGCAAUGUGCAUGUGCUCGUUCAACCUCCUGCCGUUCUUGCCGCAAUGGUCCAGCUCGUGCAAUGACAUGGGGCUUCGCAAGCUAUCGCCCGUCAAAUCCUCGAGGCCACGACGCAAGGUGCGCCCUCGCCACGCCAAGCGCGCCUGGUGCGACAGACUGAUCUACUCCAACCUGGUGUACGCGCUUGCGGCGCUCAUUUCAUUCAGCUGCGACCAGAACAUCUGCGGUGUGCUGCAAAUGGGCGCAGCCAUCGCGUCCACGAUGUUCCACCGCUCCAAGGAGACCAAGUACCUGUUGCUAGACGCGCUCAUCAGCGGCACGUUGGGUAUUAUCUUUAUUUUCGCUGGACAGCACACGUUUAACAACGAAUGGUACGGCAUCCUGGCCAUCAAGCUGGUGCUGGCUGUACUCUGCGUGUUUACGUGGCUCUACUGCGGUAUGCCCGGCGGAGAGCGUUACGACAAGUGGCACAACCGCUGGCACUACGUCUCGGGCGCGACCACGAUCUCGACGACACUCUUCCUGACGAUGUACCUGCCGGAGUUCGAUCUGCUCAUGCACGAGCUUAUCCAGGACGUCGUAGUUGUCCGAAGUAUGUUUAGCUGAAAAGGAGGGUGAUCAGACGACGGUGACUGUGGUUACUGCAGCGGAUAAUAACGGUGGAU